AUGAGCAAAAUAAUUGUGAGGUUGCGAUGUGUGACAGGAAUAUAUAGAAUUGAAAUCGAAAAAGAUAAAAAAAUAAUUGAUUUAAAAAAUAAAAUUAAUGAGAUUUUAAAUGUACCAGUUGAAAAACAGCAAAUAUAUUUAUUUGGUUAUUCAAAUGAAGCUUUAAAUAAUGAUUGGAUAACUAUUGAUGAGUAUAAUAUGAAAAAUGGAUGUAUUAUAGAAUUAAAAAGUGAAAUAAAACCUAUAUAUAAAAAAAGUACAAAUAAUAGUAAUUCUAACAAUAAAAAUCAUGAAGAAAAUUUAGAGAAAAAAAACAUGACAUAUAACAACAAUGUAGUAAAAGAAUCUAUUAAUAAUAAUUAUAAUUCUAAUGCAAAUCAACUGAAAAAUGAAAAUGAUAAUAAAUCUGGAUAUAAUAAAAAUUUUAAUUAUGGAGAAGAUAAACUAAAAAAAGAAAAUAAUGAAAAUAAAAAAAAUGAACCAAAUUUUAAAUCGUUCGAUUAUUUUCUAAAAUUAAGAGAAUAUAAUACAACAGAUUUACCAUUAAAUAAUGAAUAUAAAUCUGUAUAUUUAGUAAAAGGUCAAUUAAAUAAAAUACCAUUAAGUGUGACAUUAAAGCAUCAAGAAUAUAGACAUGUAGAUCAUUUAGAAUUAAUGAAUAUUGAAGAAAUAAAAAACUUUGUCAAUUAUUGGUGUUAUGAAAAUCAUAUGAUUGAGCAAAGAGUUGGAUGGAUGUAUGGAUAUUAUAAAGAAGAUAGUCAUUAUAAUUUAGGAAUAAGAGCUGUUUGUGAAUGUAUAUAUGAACCACCUCAAUUUUGUGAAGGUGAUAAAGUAAGACUAUUACCUGAUUAUUUCAUGAAUAAUGUAGAUUUAAUUGCAGAAAAAUUAGGAUUAGAAAAAAUUGGAAUUAUUUUUACUCAUUUGCCAAGAAAAGAGUAUUUAACUUCAGAAGAAUUAGUAAAUAUAGCCAAAUUACAGUUAUCUAAUUUAAAAAAAAAUACACAUUAUACUAAUUAUAGUAUAUCAAAUUUUAUUACAUGUACAAUAUCACCAGACCCUUCAUUAAAUAAUGAACCUAUUACAAAUGCUUUUAUGGUAUCUGAUUUAGGAAUGAGCUUGAUAAGAGAUAAUUUAAUUGAUGAAAUACAAGAUGAUCCAUCACAUAUAAAAUUAAGAACCCCAAAUAAAUAUGAACUAUUACCUCAAAUUCUAGAAGGUGGAAAAGAAACUAAUAAAUUUGACACAGAUUGGUUUAUAAUACGUGUUAAUGAUUCGGCACCCAAAAUAGUACGUUCUAUUUUUAAAAAUUAUCAUUUUUCACGGGAAAAUCGAAAUAAACCUCAAACUGUUUAUGAUGUUAAAGAAUAUUUUUCAAGCAGUAAAUUAAAUAGAGGUGUUAAUGGAAAUUCACGAUGCUCUGAUUUUCAUUUAAUUAUUUUUGCAGCAAAAGUUUUAGAUAUUGAAACAGCUUUAGUUUUAUGUGAUGCAAUAGUAAACAAUAAAGAAAUCGACCCUAUAAUUGAAGAAAUGCUUACCUCUAUAGUAAUAUGA